AUGGAAAAAGCAGAGGUGCUCAUCGAGUGCUUUGCCUCGGUCUUCACGGGUGGUCAGGCUCCUUCCCAUGUCUGCCAGGACCAUGAAGCUCUAGGUGAGGGUGAGAGGAGCGAAUUCCAUCCCACGGACAGUGAAUACUACAACUCUUUGAAGUGGAUCCUGGAAAAUGACCCUACAGAGCUGGAUCUCAUGUUUUGCAUUGAUGAGGAAAACUUCGGACAGACAUAUCAAGUAGACCUGAAGCCAAAUGGGUCUGAAAUCAUGGUAACAAAUGAAAACAAAAGAGAGUAUAUUGAUCUGGUCAUCCAGUGGCGGUUUGUAAACAGAGUUCAAAAACAAAUGAAUGCUUUUUUGGAGGGAUUCACAGAACUUCUUCCUAUUGAUCUGAUUAAAAUUUUUGAUGAAAAUGAACUAGAGUUACUGAUGUGUGGCCUUGGCGAUGUUGACGUUAAUGACUGGAGACAACAUACAGUCUACAAAAAUGGCUACUGCCCAAAUCAUCCUGUUAUCCAGUGGUUCUGGAAGGCUGUUUUACUGAUGGAUGCAGAAAAACGUAUUCGAUUACUGCAGUUUGUUACUGGCACAUCACGUGUGCCUAUGAAUGGAUUUGCUGAACUUUAUGGUUCAAAUGGUCCUCAGCUGUUUACAAUAGAGCAAUGGGGAACUCCUGAUAAACUGCCCAGAGCUCACACAUGCUUUAAUCGCUUAGAUUUACCUCUUUAUGAAUCUUUUGAUGACCUACGAGAGAAGCUACUUAUGGCAGUUGAAAAUGCUGAAGGAUUUGAAGGAGUGGAUUAGAACACUUUUUUUUCACGUUCUAGUGUGUUCUGCUACACUUCUACAUUUGCCUAAUGAACUGAGUGACCAUGGCACAACUGUUGCGCAGCAUUGGGUCCUGGAGCACACUCUUCAACAGUACAGUUGCCUAAAUUCAGAAUUUUGAACUAUAAUCUGUGGAUGGCUUUUUUGAUGUUUCCACAUCUGCUUACCAACUGGUUAAUAUGUAUUCUGACUACAUUUCAGCAGAACUUACUAUAUUUAUGUUGUGCCUCUGUAGACCAAGUCCUUAAUAAAAAAUUUUACAUAAUUUUUAAUGGCAAUUAAUGAAAUUAAUCAUUUUACAGGUAUAGUAUUACAACUCAUGUUUACUUUUUGAUUUAAACAUUUUCAGAUGAAAUUUCAUGUGCUUGGGGAAAAAAAAGAUGAGCAUUUUUCUUUAUUUCAUACCAUACUUGAUGCCAGUGUCAUUUUUUUUCAAGCACAUUUUGAGCCUCGUGUUCCCAAGCCAUUAAGAAAAUAGGAGACAGCUAUGUUGGAAUUUUUCUCUGUUAGCUAUAUCAAGAGCACAUAAAUAUUUUUCUGUAUCUGUAUCCAGAAGAGGUAUGGAUUCUGUUGCAUUUUUGUAUAAAUAAUGAUUCUCUCUUGGCUCAUAACUACUGUAACAUAGCAUGCCUAAUCUUAUGUUCAAUAAAGAAAUUGCCUCAUUAUUCCUUGGUAAUAUUACAUGUACUGAAGGACAUUUUGAAGUAGGGUUGGUGUUAAUCAUUUAGGAAAAUAUGCUUAACACUCUCAUUAUUUUUGUAUAGUGAUUCUUUUAUUAUCCUUUCCUCUUUACUGUUUGUAAUGGAGGCAUUUUGAAAGAAAUCUGGCUGUGUGUGAUUUGGCACUAUGGAAAACAUAUUUUUUAUUUCCUAUUUGUAUGCAUUUGCUAAUGAAAUCUAAACACUUUUUUUUUGUUGUUGUUUCUAACUGCACCAACUCUAAAGGCACUUUAUGUAACACAUUGAAGUCACAUUAAUGCUUAUGAUUAAAACCAGAUAUGAUUAAAUUCCUUCUCACUGCACAUGUCUUUCUGGUGCAAAAUCCAUCUGUUGUGAAUUUGGUUGCUGAUGUAUAAAAAUAACAGUUGUAGAGUUGAGCCUGCAGGCAUGAUCCUCAGCAAUUGUUUUUGUGAUUUAUUUUUUACUUAAAGAUUUAUUUAAUAUACGCUGCUAUUAGUUUUGAUACCUAUGGCAUGUUGCAUGCUUAAUAUCUGAGUUACAUCCCUUGAGUGAUGGAUUAAAAGUGAAAGAUUUGUAUUUGAUCCACUGAACUUAAAUGGUUACAAUACUACUUACUAUAGUAGGUUAAAGGAUAUGACUGCAGCAAUUUGAUGAUCUUUACUUUUGUAAGUUUUGCCCAACACGCAGGACUUUUCCCCAAAAGCCCACCUCAUGCUUUAUGAAAAAAGGUGAUACUGUGCCAAGAGCUGUUGUGCUAUCUGGAGUUAAAUGGUGGCACCAGACUAAAAAGAAAGUUUUGCUUGUUGGAUUACUUUUAAAAAUUUGUGAUUACUUAGUGAAUUAAAAAAAAAAAAAAGUUGUAUCACAGAAUGGGCCCUUCUGACAGGUCCAAUAUACAGUGCCCUCAGCCUUCUGCAGCUCAUGCUGAAAUCUGUGCUAUUUUGGCUUUCUUGCAAUUAAUGAAAAUAGCUACAAAAAAUGUUGUUUGUGCUUCUUGUGCCCUACAAACUGCAGUCACAGCUUCCCACCUUUCACUUCAGAGAAGAGGUUACUUUUGUUCAAGAAACAGCUUUGUUCAACACUUAAUGGAAAAAUAUAUAUUCCUAACUGUCCAGGUGACUGUAGCAAGAAGCCAGCUUAUUACUUUUUGGUGUCCCCAUGAACUAUAUUAUUACCAUACACCACUGUGUUUCACCUUUACAGGUGUACCUUUGGAACACUAUAACUCCUCUCACUGCAAAAGUGACUAUCUCCUUCUCCUGUUGGGGACCACAAAUAAUCCAGAUACAGAUCACAAAUGAGCAUGGAUACAUGUAAAAUAAGCUUUAAGGGAACUGUUCAGCUCAGUCCUUCUGCAGCAUAGAGCUUUACUUCAGUUAUCAGUAGCCUCCCCCUUAGUUGGAGCAGUGGGGCUGUUCCUGACAGGCUGUGUGAACAGUCCCAGUAUGGGUUUCCAGAUACUAAAAGGGUUGUAGACCCCUAUGGAAAACAUACUACAGCCAGGUGAUAGUGUCAACGGUUUAUGGGCUGGUUCGGCCUGGUUCCGUGACUA